AUGCGCGCCGGCAUGGUCAUCUCGCUCGCCUCCAUUGAAGACGCCGAUGCCCCAGGGGGCCAGCGGCGCCGGCGGGUGCUCUACCGCGGCUUCGUGUCGGAGGUGUUCAAGCCCUACAUGGACCCGGCGGAGGAGUGGUACUUCCACACCUUCAUUGACGCCGGCGACUAUGGCCUGGGCGUCUCGGCGUCGCCGCUGCUUCGCGGCGCUGACUGCCCCGCGAACGCGGCCUACUUCGACGGGUACUAUGCCGACGCGGACGGCAAGCCCGUCGAGGCCAUGGACGUGAUAUGCCUGUUCGAGAGGUACGCCGGCGACGUAGCGUGGCGUCACACCGAGUUUGGGCCGCGUGGUCGCAUGGUGUCACUCAGCGGCAUCCUUGAGAUGAAGGCGACGUCGUAUACACAGGUCCAGCAGAUCAAGUCAGACGCGCACGGCACGCUGGUGGCCGAGAACACGGUGGGCGUCUACCACGACCACUUCAUCACGUACCACCUGGACCUCGACGUGGACGGCACCGACAACUCGUUCGUCAAGAACACCAUGGUCCCCGAGCGCAAUACCGGAGACCCCGCCACGGGCGGCGCUGACACGCCAAGGAGGAGCUACUGGACGGUGAGCCGCGAGGUGGCCGAGACGGAGGCCGACGUCCAGGUGAACGUCAAUGGCCCACCGGCAGAUCUGCUGUUCGUCAACUCGAGCAAGAAAACCAUGGUCGGGAACGAGGUCGGGUACCGGCUCGUCCCGGCGGGGGCGACCGGCUCGUCGCUCCUGGCGGACGACGACUACCCGCAGCGCCGCGCCAGCUACACCAAGCGGCAGGUGUGGGUGACGCCCUACAAUAGGUCGGAGAAGUGGGCAACGGGGCUGUACGCGGAGCAGGGCACCGGAGAGGAUAGCUUGCAAUUGGGUGCCUGGAGCAAGAGGAACAGAGGCAUCAAGGACCGGGACAUCGUGCCCGUGGUACACGGUGGUGACGGUGAGAUAGACUUUGAGGAGUUCAUCAGGAUAAUGAGGAGGACUAACUAUGGCUACUAG